CGCUAUUUAACGUUUGUUAGCCGUGUGCUAGUAGGCCGCGGAGCCUGGAGUUUCCUGACUGAGCAGACGGAGACGGGGUGUUUGUUUAUUGGGCGUUUGUUUCAACUAACAUUUGCAUGCGACGGGUAUAAAACUGGUGUCAUAUAAAAGUAUUUCCAGGUUUUUGUGCAAGUAUUCGAUAUUGUGAUAACGUGCUGUAGAAUUAGCUUUGCCUUUCAUAUGUCAGCAUCUGCCACAGUGGAGAGCAUUAUCUACCAUUUUUUUUUUUUUUAAGAGGAUUAUCAAAAAUGCUUUUAAAUUCAACAAUGAAUUGUGUCAACGUCACAAUAAGAAAAAAAUGCGAAUGGUUGAAGCGAAACUUGCAUUUGCACGUGCCCGGGGCAAGUCCGGGCAUAUUUCUUACUACGCGGGUGACGUCAUCGUCUACGCACCACUACUUUAUAUGCGAGUGUUCCCAAAAUGCAAAAUCUUUUGAUUUUGAUGGAGCAGCGGGAAUACAUAAAUGUUAAAUGGGGGCUUCUCAAUCAGGGGAGAGGUACAUUAUUGUCCCCCUUGGCCACAUUAGAUGGUCUUCACGUCAACCGACAAACAACAUGAACAUUUCCGAUUACGACAAAGUGGUGCGGCCCAAGGCGGAGUUGGCCACUUUGCUGCAGCUGGUUGGAGCCACCAAAGACGUCCUCACCUUGAGGGAGGUGAUGUCGUACCUGGGCCAGUACAUCAACCACAAGCAGUUGUACGACAAGACCCACAACCACAUCGUGCACUGCGACCAAGACGAGCUGGGCCGCAUCCUGGGAGUCAACAGCUUCUCCGUCAAGCAGCCUCACCGUUUUUUCUUUUUGGGGUGGGGGCGCAGGAUGCUGUUUGCGAUGCUUGCCAAGAAUUUGGUGGGAGUGAGGAGCGAAGAAUCGACGGGGAGCUUCGGCGAAGAUGCCGGCGGCAGCGGCCAGUCGCAGGAACCUGCGCAGGAAGCGGCAGCGGGAAGAGGCUCUUCGCCUCCCGACGUACAGCGGCGGCGCCGGAGGCGUACGAGGAGCUCCAGGAGCAACGACGCCGGUUCCUCCCGCACUUUAAGGGUGGACAACAUCGACGACUGGUCCGAAGUGGAUGAGAUCGGCGCCAAAAGGAGCUGCUUGGACAGCUACUCGUUCACGUUUGAUGACAGCCUGUCCUGGUGUGUGAUUGGUGGACUGGGAAGCGGGCGGGACAGACACAGCAGCCAAUCGUCAGAGACCCAAAGCAACUCCGCCGCUCCGGAUGCGGCGCCCGACGCGGCGGCUGCCGCUCCCGACCCGGACAGCGACAACUUCAGUGUGGAAUUUGAGAUCGAGUCCGACGACUCCGACGAGUACAGCGAAGACGACGACGAUGACGACGACGACGACGACUCUCUUGCUGACGAUCAGGCAGUGUACGAGGUCACCAUAUACGAUGACGACGAGGAGUCGUACGAUGAGGACACAGAGAUCAUCGAAGCCGACUUCUGGCGCUGCGACAAGUGCAACGAGUACAACCCGCCUCUGCCGAGGAACUGCCUGCGCUGCUGGAAUGAGCGGCCGGAUUGGCUGCGCGACACCUCCUCGGUCACCCAGUCCGGCGACCGAUCGGCGUGCGCCGAAGCGCCAGGAUCCACCUGCGAGGACGGCGUCGACGUCCCGGACGGCAAGACCGCCGGCGCUCCGUCCCGCCGCCCCCCCACCAAAGACGCGCUGCCCGACUCGUGCCUGGACCCGUGCAUCAUCUGCCAGUCCCGGCCCAAGAACGGCUGCAUCGUCCACGGCAAGACGGGCCACCUGAUGUCGUGCUACGUUUGCGCCCGCAAGCUGAAGAAGCACAACAAGAAGUGCCCCGUUUGCCGGAUGCCCAUCCAGGCCGUCAUCCUCACUUACCUCAGUUAAGAUGUCCGACGAGGCCGUUUUGCCCGUCCCGGUCGUCUCCACUCCGCCCUUCUCACGGGGAGAAUGUUGCAGACUUUUGAUCCGUUCAAGUGCAAUCAUAGAGUCAAGCAAAUUUUACGGUUAUUGUUGCUGCGACUUUGCCCAGCAGGGGUCACUACAGUGAAAAUGGACCCCCGCCCCCCCCCCCCCC